AUGUAUACCACAGAAGAUUCCAGAGAAAAUUGCCCAUCUUCAAAUUAUAGGACACCUAAAAACCAACGGUUUUAUAAUGUAUUUGAUACUUCUUCUACCCCUUCCACCCCCAUCCGUGAUUCUUUAUUUUCCAACUCCAUUCCUUCACCUUACUCUACACCUGCUCUUCAAGAAGCUAAAUCACUUUUUCGCUUAACUGCAAGUCCAAAACGACUUAUUGGUCGUGAAGAAGAACGUAGGGAAAUUACGGAAUUUUUAACGAGUCAUAUCAUUGACGGAAAACCUGGAAGUUUAUAUAUCACUGGCAUUCCAGGAACUGGCAAAACUGCCUUGUUAGAAGAAAUCAGAGAGCAAAUUAUAGAUGAUGAAGAACACUUGCUUGGUCUUCUUCCACCAAUAGUAACUCCUAUAAUAAAUUGUAGAUACGUCAGUUACAAAAAAUUUUUUAUUGAAUUAUGUGAAAUACUUUGUAAAGAUAUAGAUAUUAUAGAAGAUAAUGAAAUAGCUCAAAAAGUAUUAGAAGAUUGUUUAAUGAUGUCAAUUGAUCAUGGAAUGUGUGUUGUAAUUUUAGAUGAAAUCGAUUGUAUAAUUGAAAAUGAUCUGGAUAUCUUGUAUAAUUUGUUUAGCUUGGCAAAUGAUAAAGAAUCACGUCUGAUACUUAUCGGAAUCUCUAAUUUACAAUUUUAUGAAAAAUUACCUAUUUAUAUUAGAUCGAUGAAGUACUCAACAAUUAGAAAAUAUAACUCUAUGGAAGGAGAAGAGGAAGAUGACGAGAAAGUAGUAGAAGCAGUGAUAAUGAAUGGGAUAGUAAAUCGCACCAUGAUAAGAUCAGAGUUAGAAGAUCGUGUUAAAAAAGAAAAAAUUAUGAAUCAACCAAGUGGUGAACUAAGUAUGUUAGAAGGUGAUGGUGGAGUUGUUUGUUCAGUUGAUCACAUCAAGAAUUAA